AUGAUUUCCAGGCCGUUCAUGUGCAUCACCAAGUUAAGGGAAGGAAUGGGAUCAUUCUGGGAUGGUGUUAAUGCUGACGAAAUCCAUGCUGUCACAAUAUUUGUACUCCAACCCAUAGCAACGUACUGAAGAACAUCGAGGUAACAGCUGUGUUAUGUAUUCGCUAUUUGUCUGUCAGCGGUUGUUGUUUAAUGCAUGCGCAUUAAAGCAGGCCAGCUUGUGAGUAGACCGCCAUGUUGGAAACUUGUAUGCUUAUGUUGUGUCUUUUAUCUAGUUAAAUCUGAUCGUGUUUGGAACCAUCGACUGGUUUCUCCAUAUUUAACACUGGCAACGAGGAUGGGAUUAACUGAAAAAGACUGAAACAGCCAAAAAUGGUGGCAGUUAAGAAUUCGGCAGAAUUGGCACCACGUUAGAAGAAACGACUUUCAUCGUUUCAAUACUUUCUCGAGCCAAAGGAGCGGUGAAUGAAGCAAAAAAGAAAGCUUUCCUACUUCACACUGCGAGAAUAGAGGUUCAAGAGUUGUACGAAACGCUAAUGGACCCAGGCAUAGAUACGUUAGAGGACGAUACCGCAACAGAAUACGAGAAAACUGUUCACACUCUGAACGCGUAUUUUGUAACCAAACUGAACGAACCGUAUGAGAGACAUGUAUUCAGAAGCAUGACUCAACAGGAUGGAGAGACAGUUGAUCAGUUCAUCACUAGACUCAGGAAGCAAGCACAGAAUUGUAAUUUCAAUGACCCCAAUGUUGACAUCAGAGAUCAAGUCAUCGAUAAAUGUUGAUCUUCGGUUUUAAGACGAAAACUACUGGGAAAAGAAAACCUGACUCUGACAAAAGUGCAGGAGGUUGCUCGAGCUAUGGAAGCUGUAGACCUGCAGGCUAAACAAAUGGGGGAGCAGAGAGAAGAGCCAUUGAGUGUGCAUAAAGUUGUCCAGAAAUCUUCUUCUAAAUCUUCUAAGCAGCCAAACAAGAAUUCUAGUAAAGGGCGGUGCUACCGAUGUGGUCAAGAGGGGCAUUAUGGCCGAGAU